GACUGAAUAAACACCCUUGACUGGGUUAUAAUGGUAUAAACGAAGAGGUCCUCUAUAUAACUAUGGAUUUUUUUCCACGUUAUAAUGUAGUGGAAAAUUUUGAACAUAUCUAACAUCUGAAGUGGGUUUAUUGUUAUUAUUAUUAUUAUUAUUAUUAUUAUUAUUAUUAUUAUUAUUAUUAUUAUUAUUAUUAUUAUUAUUACAUUGACAAAACUGGAAAUGCUAUGUUUCGACAGUGACAAAGACAAAGCCUCAUUGGUUUAUUCUUGAAUUGAUUUUCGUUUUAAUCAAAUAAUAAAAUAUGGGAUGGAUAAUACACGCUUUUGUGGUGACAACAAACACAAAUCUUGGUACCGAUACAGCAGUGAAAUUAAAAAGCAACCCAGACGGUUUCGUCCAAACGUCUCAACCGGAAAAACUACGAGGGUCAGUGAACGCCUCACGUCGCAGGAACGUUAACCCGAGGCUCCCAUAGCUUAUUUUACAAGCGGCGGUCGGCUAUGUGAAGAUGUUAUAUAGACAAAGACCCAAAGGAUGUGGAGAUAAGUUGUGACCAGUUUAUGGUUUUUAGCAGCAUCACAGUUGUAUGAAAAUAAGCUUCAGUCAUGGGUCCUGACACUGCAUCUGUCCCUAAUGAAUCUUCAGAGGAAAGUCUGGGAGAAGUUGUUGUAAAGGUAAUCUCAGAGUCAGAUUCCGCCGAGGUUUCAACAAGCACCGAGCCUAUGAACUCCAAACAGCUGGAGAGCAACAUAUCCAACAAGUAUUAUUCUUGUUCUGUUUGUGGGAAGACAUUUGAUAGACCAUCUAAGCUAGAGAGGCAUAAACCUGUACACACGAAGAAGCCUAAAAUGCUUCACCAGUGUGAGCAUUGUGAUAAGACUUUCACACAACCAGAGAAGCUGAUUCGGCAUCAGAAUAGCCAUAAUAGAACUAACAUCCAUCCUUGUCCUGAUUGUGAAAAAGUGUUUAACCGACCAUCAAAAUUGGAAAGGCAUAGACGCACACACUCAAAAAAACCGAAGGUGCCUCAUCAGUGUUCAUACUGCAAAAAGUCUUUCAGUAAACUUAAUAAACUUGUACGUCAUGAGCGAAUGCACACUGGGGAGAAGCCUUUCACAUGUUCAGUCUGUGGGAAAGGCUUCUCUGAGGCAGGUCACUGCAGAGCACAUGAAAAAACCCAUGAGGAGCAACCAGAAAAACCUCACAACUGCACAGAUUGUGGGAUGAGUUUCUUUAAAGCUUCAGAGCUCCGUCGCCAUUUCCGCUCACACACAGGAGAGAAACCUUUUAGGUGCACCUUGUGUGACAGCUGCUUCUCCCGCUCAGAAGGACUUAAAAGACACAUGAGGAGUCACACUGGGGAGAGACCGUAUAAAUGCAUUAUCUGCGCGAAAGGAUUUUAUUCUCGUCAGGAUUUGAACAUUCAUGGGUUGACGCACUCGGGGGAGAAACCACAUCUCUGCCCUGUGUGUGGCAAAGGUUUCUCGCAGUUGGGCAAUAUGAAAGAACAUGAGCAAAAUGUUCAUAUCAAGUCAGAAAAGUAUAUUUGCAAUGAAUGUGGAGCAACUUUCACGCGAUACAAGUCACUAACAAAGCAUCAGCGGACGCACACAGGCGAAAGACCCUAUCUGUGCCUAACCUGUGGGCGCAGGUUUUCUUGGAGCCACUCUUUGAGCAGACACCGGAGGACACACACACACAGGCAGUUGUCUAUGGACACAUCAAAAGACAUGUUAAAUUUUGAAGGAACCUCUGAGGUUCUCAGCAAUUAAAAGUAAGAAUGAAGUUAAUGUUACGAUCAUUUCCAGAUUCUGCAGACAAUUAACGUUUCUUCAUAGUGCUUGUAAGUUCACAGAGAACUCAUUUUAAAACUUUGUAAUGAUUCAUCUUGUUGGGUGUUUUGUCAAACUGGCAAACAUUUUUACAAAUAUUAGUAAAUGGAUACAGACUUUUUUGCUUAAAUGUUAAGAAUCACAGUUGAAAUAUGGAUUUCACUUUCUUAAUGUUCAUGUUUAGUAAUGUGUAUGAUACAUUGUGCAUAGACAUUUGUAUUGUCAAUUGAACACAUCAUGUAUAUUCAUGAUAUGUGUAUAUAAUACAAGUUAGCUGCUGUAGCUGGUGUGGAGCAGCUUUUUUCUUACGUAUCUUUAGACUGUAUAUAACAAUAUUGCAACUUAAUUCCUAUUUAUGAUGAAGCAAACAAUGUCAAACAACCAAAGGUUUGGUCUGUUGAUAAUUUGACAAAUAUGAGAAACCAAACUCAUACCAAAUAACGGUUAUUAAAGUCUCUGAUUUUAUGAUUUGUACAGAUUUCAUGUUAAGGUCAAUAUAUAAAAAUGAAUGUUAUGUAAGAACAGAAGUACACAUCUGUUAAAUGAAAAAGCAAUCAGAAAUGAUAUGUUUCUGUAACUGUUACAGUACUAUUUGGGAUGACAAGUGUGUUUACAAGUGGUUUCUGUGAACUGACUGGUGAAAUGCUGUGGGUGUCAUAAAUCCGAAGGUCAGUCCACACACUUGAUGUAUGACAUGUUUGUUUAGUGCUUGUGCAUUGAGGAAUUGUUAUGUUUCACUUGGAUAAAGCUUGUACAGUGUAACUGAGGCAAAAAAAAAAACAUUUAAAUAUAAUCUUUAUGCAAAAAAAA